AUGUCGUUUUCGAAUGCUCUCACUGCUGCGUCAGUGCCUGGCGCAGACGGAGCCGAGUCAAAAGCGCCAAUGACGGACCAGAAUUCGGGCGACAUGUAUCCUUUUCUGCAGGCUCUGCAGGAGGAUUUCCCAGCCAACGGCGGCGAGCUUCCCAUAGGGGAACUUCUCAUGCUGUUGAAAGAAAGAAAGUCCGAUGUAUUUGUACGCCUUGACGAGUUCUUUGAAACAGCCAGACGAGUCUCUGGCCUUGACGAGGCAAUGGCGCUCAAGUGGAAGGAGAAGGGUAACACUGAGUAUAAGAGGCGGCAGCACCAGCAGGCAGUCUUGUCUUAUACAAAUGGGCUCCUGUGCGCUGAGGCACCAGAGACGCUGGCGGUGUUACUCAAUAACCGUAGCACCGUAUUUUUCGACGAACAUCGCUACGCCGACGCCUGUGUCGACGCGGAUCGCGCGGUACAGUACCAGCCGACCUACUGGAAGGCGAUGCAGCGCCGUGGCCGCGCCCUCGUGGAGCUCGGUCUGGAAGAGCUGGGCCAGAAGGAUAUUGAGGCCUCGAAGCAGGAGUCGAGCGAUGCCGCCAACUCCCCUGAAGCAAUGGCGAAAGUGUUUGGUGAGACCGCAGGCGGUAUGGCCGCAGCGUGCCUGCCUCCGCGCGCGCGUGUGAACGGAGAGGUGCGCAUCGAACGGUCUGCUAAGGGACGCGGUCUUGUAGCGGUCAGUCAACUGACGGAGGGGUCUGUGCUAGAAGAGACCCCGUAUGCCAUCGUGGCCCGCACCGAGACACUGCUAUCGGUGUGCUCGUACUGUCUGCAGCGCAGCACUUGUCUGUAUCACGGUGACGAGUACCGGCAGCAUCACGUCAAGUCACGCGGCUUCUUCUGCAGCCCGUCAUGCGCAAAAGCUGCUUGGGAGCACUACGGUCAGCAGGAGAGUCAGCACCCUUUCUUCCUGUGCUGUCCGAAUGAUGCACUGCUGGCGUACCGCAUGAUUCUUGGCAUGCGCGCUUACCCAGACCUCGCAGAGCUCUCCGCUUCCCCCGAGUUGGACCCUGUGACGGGGAACGACUUUGGAGUUAAUCACAUUCGCACCCUAGAGGGCAGCUUCAGCCGCGAGCUGCAGCCGAACGCGGCCGUCGGUGGCUGUGAGUCAAUCGUCGCGGCGAUUGGCUUCUACGUGGGGGCGCUGACAGAGCCUGAAGCAGAGCAGCUACGCAAGGCACAGCGGCAGAUUCUUCUCAACGCGGUCGACGUGACAUGCACGAUGCAGACCACUACGUCGGCUUCCGCAGCCAACAGCUCGAUGCUUCUGCAGACCAACACGACGGUGGCGCGCCUGGGCAAAGCUGUGUACGCCGUUGGCGCUCUAUUCAACCACGCCUGCGACCCCAACUGCUACAUGUCCUUUGAGGGCAACCCGCAAGGCUCGUGUGCCCGGCUUAUCGUUCGUGUCAUUCGCCGAGCUAUGGAGGGCGAGGAGUUGACAGUGUCGUAUGGUGGCAUAUCGCGCUUUUCUUUCCACAGCAUGCGCCACCGACUGCACACCCUGCGCGAAUGCUACGGCUUUUUCUGCAGUUGUCAGUCAUGCCGCAACCAGGUGGAUGAGCCGGUGCUGACGGCGGAGAAGGAGAAGUACAUCCAGGCGUCCGACUACUAUCAGAAGGGGCGCCGCCUUGUGCGAGAGGGCGACUACGCCACAGCCGUCACAGUGCUGCUGCAGAGCUACGAAAUUGUAAUGCGGUACAUUUGUCCCCCGCCACACCCACCGCAGUGGAUGCUCAUCAAGACGCACGACGCUCUCGCCCAGGCCUACUUCCACCUGAAGCAGCGAGACAAGUGCGUGCAGCACUUGCGAGAGGCUCUACAGCUCGACAUAAAAAUACACAAGAACGAGAAUAGGGUGGAACUCAUCAACGAGCACACCCGUCUCGCUUUCCUCGCCCUUAGCCCUGCGGAAAAGAAGUCUCAUGUGGACAAGGCGGUGGAGCUGCUGCGCCGCUUCUACGCACCUUCAAGCAUGUUGGAUCUUCAGAUAGCGUACGUGGAGUCCAGUCUCAAGGCGACCCCCGACACACCCCCGGCUGUAGCAGCUGCAGCGAAGGCGUGA